AUGGACUCUGUGAUGGCCGAGAGGACCAAAGCAGACCAAGCACGUCGUCUGAUCGACAUGGUGAACGCUAAAGGGGAGGGAGCAAUUCAGAUGAUGAUCGAUAGUAUGAAGAAGAGGGACCAACACUUUUGCAUCAAGCUAGGUCUGACCUCUUCUCCUGCUGGUGUUGGAUCUGCUGCGGUCCAGUGCCAACUUAAAAUGAAGUUUAAUUUGCAGAACAAGUUCAGGAAUGUGUGUGAGGGAAUCGCUAAACCAGGAAAAUCAACACCUCUGAAUGACUUCUACACAGAGAUCUUCAUCACAGAGAGAGGCAGUGGAGAGGUCAACAAGGAAAAUGAGGUCAGACUGAUUGAAACAGCGUCCAGGAAACAAGCCAAGGAGGAAACACAAAUCAGAUGUGAGAACAUCUUUAACCCGUUACCUGGACGAGAUCAACAAAUCAGAACAAUUAUGACAACUGGAGUGGCAGGCAUUGGUAAAACCAUCUUAACACACAAGUUCACUCUGGACUGGGCUGACGGCAAGGCCAAUCAGGAAAUAAACUUCAUGUUUUACAUCCCUUUCAGAGAGCUGCAUUUACUAAAAACAGAGUUUAGCUUGGUGGGACUUCUUCAUCGCUUCUUUAAUGAGACCAAAGAAGCAGGAAUCUGUAGAUAUGACCUGUUCCAGGUUGUCUUCAUCUUUGAUGGUCUGGAUGAGUGUCGACUUCCUCUGGACUUCGAGAAAAACCCGAUCUUGACUGAUGUCACAGAGGUCACCUCGGUGGACGUGCUGCUGACAAACCUCAUCAGGGGCAACCUGCUUCCCUCUGCUUGCAUCUGGAUAACCACACGCCCUGCGGCAGCCAUUCGGAUCCCUGCUGAGUGUGUUGACAUGGUGAGAGAGGUGAGGGGGUUCACCGACCAACAGAAGGAGGUGUACUUCAGGAAGAGUUUCAGAAACGAGGCACAGGCCAACGCAAUCAUCGCCCACAUCAAGAAAUCACGAAGCCUCCACAUCAUGUGUCACAUCCCAGUCUUCUGUUGGAUCACUGUUGAAGUUCUGGACAACUUCUUCAAAGAACACAAGGACCCCCUUAAAAAAAAAGAAGAGAUGCCCCAGACUAUGACUCAGAUGUACAGCAUGUUCCUCAUGGUUCAGUCCAUGCAAGGGGACAAGUAUCAUUCGAAGGAUGAAACAGAUCCAAACUGGAGUUCACAGAGCAGGAAGAUCAUUUUUUCUCUGGGAAAACUGGCUUUUAAUCAGCUGGAGAAAGGCAACCUGAUCUUCUCUGAGGAAGACCUGGCAGAGUGUGACAUCGAUAUUAAAGCAGCCGCAGUGUACUCAGGAGUGUUCACCCAGACCUUUAAAGAGGAGGGUGGGCUGUGCCGGGCCAGGGUGUUCUGCUUUGUCCAUCUGAGCAUCCAGGAGUUCCUGGCUGCCCUUUAUGUCUUUAUGUCAUUCAUUGACACUGGGGUCAAUCUGCUCUCAGGACAACCACAAUUCUUUAGGUCUAUUUUACCUAAAAACAAAGGAAUUGACAAACUCUACCAGAGUGCUGUGGACAAGGCCUUAAAGAGUGAGGACGGACGCCUGGACUUGUUCCUCCGCUUCCUCCUGGGCCUCUCUCUGGAGACCAAUCAGAAUGUUCUAAAAGAUCUGCUGGGAAAGACAGGAAGUAGCUCAAAGACCAGUAAGACAAUCGGCUCUUACAUUAAGAAGAAGAUAAGUGGAAAUCUCUCCACAGAGAAAAGAAUCAAUCUGUUCCACUGUCUGAAUGAGCUAAACGACCGUUCUCUAGUGGAGGAGAUCCAACAGUCCCUGACAUCAGGAAGACUCUCCGAAGAAUCUGUCUCUCCUGCACAGUGGUCAGCUCUGGCCUUCAUCCUACUGACAUCAGAAGAGGAGCUGGACGUGUUUGACCUGAAGAAAUACUCUGCUUCAGAGGAGGGUCUUCUGAGGCUGCUGCCAGUGAAUUGA